AUGGAGAAGUUUCAGGCUGCGAUGCUGCUGGGGGGUGUGGGGGACACUCUGGGUCACGGAAGUGCCUUCAGGGAGGGCAGCGCCUCAGGCACCAAGACCCAGGAGGAGCUGCGGGCAUUCGGGGGCCUGGACCACCUCGUGCUCUCACCAGAGAAGUGGCCGGUGAGUGACAACACCAUCAUGCACAUGGCAACGGCGGAGGCCCUCGUCACAGAUUACUGGUGCCUGGACGACCUGUACCGUGAGAUGGUGAGACGCUACGUGGACGCACUCGAGAAGCUUCCGGAGCACCGAGCAGACCCGGCCACCGUCGAAGGCUGCUUGCAGCUGAAGCCAGACAACUACCUCCUGGCCUGGCACACGCCCUUCAACGAGAAAGGCUCGGGGUUCGGAGCCGCCACCAAGGCCAUGUGCGUGGGCAUGCGGUACUGGAAGCCGGAGCGGCUGGAGACCCUCGUGGAGGUCAGCAUCGAGUGUGGCCGGAUGACCCACAACCACCCCACAGGCUUCCUCGGGUCCCUGUGUACCGCCCUGUUCGCGUCCUACGCUGUCCAGGGAAAGCGGCUGGAGCAGUGGGGGCGAGACAUGCUGAAGACAGUCCCACUGGCCGAGGAGUAUUGCAAAAAGACCAUCCGGCACCUGGCAGAGUACCAAGAGCAGUGGUUUUACUUCGAAGCCAAAUGGCAGUUUUACUUGGAGGAGAGAAAAAUCAGUGAGGACUCGGAGACUGAGGCCAGCUUUCCCGACCACUACGAUGCAGAGGAGCGAGACAAGACCUACAGGAAGUGGAGCUCGGAAGGUCGCGGGGGACGGCGGGGCCACGAUGCCCCCAUGAUCGCCUACGACGCUCUCCUAGGAGCCAGGGGCAACUGGACGGAGCUCUGCCACCGGGCCAUGUUCCACGGAGGUGAGAGCGGGGCCACGGGGGCCAUCGCAGGCUGCCUGUUCGGGUUGCUGCACGGCCUGGACGGCGUCCCCGGAGGCCUGUACCGGGAGCUGGAGCACAAGGAGGAGCUGGGGCGCCUGGGCGAGGCCCUGUACCGCCUGUCCACCCAGGAGAAGUAAAGCCGCUUCCCUCCCAGGCCCCUCCGCCACACGCAGCUCCCGCGACACUCUAACUCCCCCGACUUCAGGACUCUAACUGCUGCAUAAAAUACAUCGCUUGUCCUACGGGAGUCUUCUUCCUGGCCCAAGCCCAGGGCCUUACCGCUGCCUCACUGGAUCUGACUCCCUCAAGCCUCCAAAUACAGUGUCACGGAGAGUCUCUCGGACAAUCGGUGUAUUUUAUUCUGUCGCAAAACUAACGCUCUCUGCUCACUCACUGGACGGCACUAACCACCACGGCCCUGCUCCAGCGGGCCGCCUCCGUCUGCAGGACCCCGCCGCUGCCUGGUUUGAGCUCUCAGAUGCGCAUUUGGACAGCUGCCAAUCUCAGGCUCCGCGGCCUGGCGGGCCUCGGCCACGCGCACCGCAGUGUCUGCACAGCAGAGGGAGGAGCAGUAGGUACCGGAGCCCAAGCGCUGCGCUUGACCCGCCGGCCCCGGCUUCAGUCGCACUAGGGGCUGAUGGAACAACUAACUGACGAAGUAGGAAACACAGGGUCUGCUGCCCCGCCCCCAGGCCCUGACAAGGAGCAGGGCUGGUUCCUGUCCCCUGUGGCCUGGGCUUCUAAGCCGACAGCCUUGAGAGAGGACACUUGCUCUUGCUAAAAAUAACCUUGGACCCAG